AUGGCAUGCACUGUCCCAACAUGUCAAGCCAUUUUCCAUGGAAAAUGUCUAAACGCAGACGAGAGUGAGUUUGAAGCACUGAGGGCAUUACGAAAAAAUUGGGAAUGCCCGAAAUGUGAAAAGGCACGGAAAAAUAUCCAACCGACAGACAAGUGUCUCAGCCCGCCAAGAUCGGCGCCACAACAACAAACUGUCGACAGCACGUCACAACUGCUACUAGCUGCCAUUAAAAAUUUAACAGAAGAGGUCAAGGGAUUAAAAUUCUCCCUCGAUGCCAAUGCUAACGAGGUUCCCCCGACGAAACCCAAUGAAACAACUGCAACUAUUGCAAGAAACUGCAACUGA